AUCAGGGCUCGACAACAAAAACGUUUAGGACUAUUCAAUUAUGGGCAACAUUGUGAACAGAUGAAAUAUAAUUUUUAAAUGUUGAAAUUUUUAUUUCCUCCAUCCCUUUGCAAUUUUUAAGAGAGAUUUAAACCCAGAGUGCCGAACAGUGAACAGACACCGUGGUUGUAGUUGUCAAGGCUCAUUUCUCAGAAGUAUAUAUAGUGGAUACAAACAGCAAUGCCAAGUAAUGUGGAGAUCAAGGCAAGGGUCAGAGAUAUGGAGGGUUUGAAGAAGGUUGCUGCUACUCUUAGUGGCAGCGAUGGUGAGCUCUUGCAACAAGAAGACACAUUUUUUUAUUGUAGAAAUGGACGUCUGAAGUUGCGUGUCAGAAAGGGCUUUCCUUCGCAGCUGAUAUCUUAUGAUCGUCCAGAUGAAACAGGACCCAAAGUCAGUGAAUUCUAUACAACGGAAAUCUCAGAUCCUGAUAAAUUGAAGUUCAUGCUUGGAAGAGCCCUGGGGCUACAGGGUACAGUCAAGAAAGACAGGUGGUUGUACAUUGUGGGCCAGACGCGUGUUCAUGUGGACCAGGUGCAUGGGCUGGGUGACUUCAUGGAACUGGAGGUUAUGUUAAAGGAUGGUCAAACAGCUAAGGAAGGUCUACUGAUUGCUAAAGAUCUUAUGGAGAAACUUGGUGUUCAAGAGAAUGACCUGCUGGACUGUGCCUACAUGGAUCUAAUACUACAACAAGAUAGGAAGUAACUUCCUGAUAUACAGAUUUAUCUGUUAGUUCAUAGACCCUGUGUCUGAUCUUUUAAUCUCUGAUCUGUCUAGCUUGUAAACAGCCUGAGUGAUUUUUUAAUAUUUUAAUAUUCAGGUGGUCUUCAUACUUCAGAUAAUUUUGUUGCUUUGCAAAGGACAGUCUCUAUUAGCUUCUUCUUUCUCACAGCACAUACUUCACUCUACACCCCAUAUUCAGGUGAAAUCUCAACAUCAUUAUGAACAAAAUGGUUUUAUUGAUGUACCAUAUACUCAUUCGACCUUUAAAUAAGCCAACAAUUGUAUUUUCUCUGUUUCCUUGGAUUUUAAUGUGUUAGAAAACAUGAUAUUGCCCGCAGAGGACACAGUAUAUGGUUUUAAAUUUGUGUACACUCUUCAUGGAUGUAUCAGUGAAAAUGAUUAAGUUGAAGAAGGGUGCACAUAUAAAUAAAACUUCAGAAUUGUUGUGGAUCAUUCUCUUUUGACCUCUCGAUCAUAACAUUAUGUACCAACACUUGAGUUUCUGUCAUCUAUGGAUGACAGAAGUUCUUUCAAGAAAUAAUUCAGGAAGACAGAAAUCUGUGGUUGAUGAACUUGGUGAAAGGCUGCCAAAUUAUUAGAAACAUAAUUGACCAGGCAAUUCAUGAUCUGAAGGCAGGUUGUGAACAAUGACAUUGAUCUGUGGGCAGGAUGAGGAUAUUGACAUUGAUCUGUGGACAGGAUGAGGGUAUUGAUAUUGAUCUAUGGACAUAAUGAGGACGGCAGCAUUGAUAUGUGGGCAGGAGGAGACGGCGACAUCGAUCUGUAGGCAGGGUGGGGCAGUGACAUUUAUCUUUAGGCAGGAUGGGGGACAGCGCGUCACGAAUCUCUGGUGCCAUUAAUAAAAAGGAGAUCAUACACAAAGAUAUGCAUUGCUCUCUUGUCUACUUGUCUGGCUGAUGAGAUGAACUGUCAGCAGUCACCAGUCUGACUAGAAGUCGCUCAUUAGACAAAGCCAUUGUGUCAGAAGCGGUCUGGUAAGCUCAUUAAUCAAGUUUGUCAAAAUUCAUUAUUCAUUCAUACCAGAAAUACAUAUUGGCUGUUACCACGAAUACCCCAAAUAUCUUCGCACUGACUAUAACCCUGAAAACAUUAUUUUCUUUCAUAAAAAGUAUCAUUCUGUUAGUCUGUGUAAGUAUGUGACACAUCAGCUAGCUGUUCUUGGUGAGACCGAGUUGUUUUAGAGGUUUGCUUGAAUAGUUUAAACAUUAGGGUGUUGGUGUAGUAGGUUAACAGUUUGAGACUUUUCUGCUUUAAAAGUGUGCAAAUACGCACUUUUCUUUCAUGGGCAGUAACAUGAGAAUGCUUAUUUUGCUGUGAACAAAUCCUUUGUUAAACUAACACACUCAUUAAAAUAAUUAAUUUGUGC